AUGCCCCGCGUUCCCUCGACGUCGCCGGCGACUGGCCAGCCAGUCCCACCGUCCUACAUCCACACAUUCAACUACAACUUUGUCGACACCUCGGGACGAACCCUUUUACUGAGAGGCGUCAACCUCAGUGGCGCAUCCAAGGCACCUGUUGGCCACCUGUCCCACCAGCUCGAUGAUUUCUGGGACAGUGCAGAGGCUGGCGGCGAGAGUUUCAUCAGGAGACCUUUGAAUUUAGACGAUGGAUCGGCGGACGUGCACCUGGCAAGACUGAGAGGAUGGGGGUUUAAUAUGUUGCGAUUUCCGAUUACCUGGGAGGCUUUGGAACACGAGGGGCCAGGGAAAUACGACGAUGAAUUCAUCGACUACACAAUCCGAGUCCUGCAAAAGUGCAGGGACUAUGGGUUCAGAGUCUUCAUGGACCCGCACCAAGACACUUGGUCCCGCUUCUCUGGCGGCUCUGGCGCUCCAUUCUGGACACUGGCUGCCUGCGGAAUCAAUCCCAACAACAUCACCGCUACUCAAUCCGCCAUCGUUCAUUGCGAAUACCCCCUCGCCCAUGCUCCCGACCCAGCCUCGCUCCCAGCCAUGAUCUGGAGCACAAACUACGGCAGACUAUUGUCACAAACCCUAUUCACCCUCUUCUUCGCUGGACGAACAUUCGCGCCUCUCUGUGUCAUCGACGACCUUAAUAUUCAAGAUUAUCUCCAAAAUCACUAUAUCGAGGCAUUCGGAAGACUGGCGGAUCGUAUACGCGAGAUAGACCCCAGUCUGUACGACAACUGCAUCAUCGGCUGGGAUUCCCUCAAUGAGCCCUUUGAGGGUCUCUGUGGAUGGGAAAACCUGAACGCAAACCCUACAGCCCAGGGCUCCACACUCAAAAAGGGCACCUAUCCCACUCCCGCCCAGUCCCUUCGACUCGGCAUGGGCCAGCCUCAAACAGUCGAGAACUGGUCCUUUGGCGCGUUUGGGCCCUCGCGCAACGGCUCUGUCACCAUCGAUCCCAAAGGGCACAAACUAUGGGCCGAAGAUUCCCCUGACGCCCGUUGGGGGUUCAAGCGCGCUGAAUCAUGGCCCCUAGGCACCUGCAUAUGGGCAUUGCACAACGUCUGGGACAUCCAAACCGGCUACGUCCUCCGGCCCGACUACUUCAAAUUCCACCCGGAAACCCAAGAAGAAGUCUCUUUCAUCUCCGACUUCUGGAAGCCCCACUUCCUCGCUUACUCUUCACGCCUGCGCAAAUCCCACCCCGAGGCGAUCUGGUUCGUCCAACCACCGGUGUUUGCUAAACCGCCCCAGAUAGCCACUGACGACCUCCGCGGACGGGCGUGCUAUUCGCCGCACUAUUAUGAUGGGCUGACGCUCAUCACGCGGCACUGGAACUGGUUCAACGCGGACGCCUUGGGUGUGCUACGAGGCAAGUACUCCUCACCCAUCCAAGCCGUCAAAAUUGGUGAAUCAGCUAUUCGAGCUUCGAUCCAAUCCCAACUCGGUAUCCUCAAAUCCGACGCUCUCAUUCUUGGGGACUACCCCACCCUCAUCGGGGAGAUCGGCAUCCCCUUUGAUAUGGACGAUAAACGUUCGUAUGGGUGGACGGAUAAAGGAAAGUACAAGGGCGACUAUUCGAGACAGGUCAAGGCUCUCGAUGCGAGCUUGAACGCGUGUGAUGGACCGAAUGGGCUGAACUUUACGGUGUGGACGUUCUGUCCGGACGAUCAUUCGCAUGAGUGGGGUGAUGGGUGGAAUUUGGAGGAUUUGAGUUUGUGGAGUAUGGCUGAUGUGUGGGAGAGGGAGCGGGUGGAGAAGGAGGCGAUGAUGGUUGAUGAGGAGGAUAGGAAGAGUGUUGGGACUGUUUCGACGAGUUCGGUGGGAUCGAGCUCGAGGGAGAGUUUGGGUUCUGGUACUGCACCUGCUGUACAACUGGAUCAGGGUGUCAGCAGUAACAACAACUCGCGGGUCUCGCUUGUCAACCGGAAGAAUAGGAAACGGCGGAAGGAUGGUGCAGAGCAGAUGAAACCUUCGUUGGCGAUGGUAGCUGCUGCUUCGUCGCUGAGCGUUGCUACCUUUGGUACAGUCGCGACUGCCAGCACGCUCGCUGGCGAAACCUCCAGUCCGGAAUCGCGGUCAAAGGAUAUCGUCAAUAUCAAACGCACUAACGACGACAACGACACUACCUCGCCUACCCCUUCACCCGCUCUCCUCGCUUCGCUCGGGUGGCACGCGAAUCCCUACGACUUCCUCUGCGAUGGUGCGCGAGCGGUUAAAGCCUUCUCGCGCCCGUUCCCCGUCAAGACCGUCGGCACGCCCAAACACAUCGAGUUUGAUGUCAACAAGGCGGUGUGGAAGUGCACUGUGGUGGUGACUGCGGACGACGCGCCGGUGUAUGUCAAGGGCGUCGUGGAGGAAGGCGAGGGUGGGGAGACGAAGAAGCUCGGGACGGAGAUUUAUAUUCCUAUUGUUCACUUUGCGCACGAACGGCUGUUGUUAGAUGGGGAUGCCGAGGGGAAGAGGCGGAGGAGGAGGAGAGUGGAGGGAGCGAGUAACAAGAAGGGGGAGGAUGGGGUGGUCGUGCAGAGUGAUAGUGUUUCGACUCUUUCGUUGAGAGAAGGAGGGGAUGAAGUGACACCUACGCCUUCCGUGGAUCCGACCCCGCAGGCAUUGUCUAUACCCAUGGUUGGUGCUGCGCCGAUUAUCAGCAAGACUCCCUCCAACGCAAUCCGUUAUACCUCUGUGGCUGCGAGGUGUCCGUCUGAGAUCACGCUCGGGGCGCAGCCUGUUGUUCCGUAUGUUGGGUACUCGUCGGAGGAGGAUGAGGUGGUGGAAGGUGCAGUUGACGCGUACACGGAUGAGGAUGAACCGGAAGGAGAAGAUGGCGGGCCUUUGGUUGAUAUUGAAGUUUUUGUUAGUGAAGGGACGUGGAAAGUGGAAGGACAGGCUUUGUUCUGGUGGUACGACGUCCCCGAAGCACCGCCCUCUGCGUCCUCGACGACUGAAUCCCUCGGACUCCCUAAACCCCCGUAUGUUACGUCCGCCUCUACGACUUCGGUUAACACCCUCUCCUCGCGUCGGAGCGCCAACGCGAAUGGGAGGAAAGACAAGCUCCCACCUGGGGUGAAGGAGGUCACGAUUGAGAUUAGGAGAAGGGGAGGGGUGAUUAAGAAAGAGGAAGAGGAGGGGAGGAAGAGGAGGGUUGUUGAGCGUGGUUUGAGGAGUGGGGUGUACCCUUCUGAGAGAGUGAAGAGUGAGUUGAGGGCUGGUGCGAAGGGGCGGAGGAAAGGAGAUAAGGGGUGUUGUGAGGAGUUGUGUUCUGAGGGGUGUGUUGUUAUGUGA